CAAAGCGCAUGCGCUAAAGUAGUUUUUUUUUGAUUUGUUAUCGCCCAGCCACCAAAAAUGAAGAUCGUUUGUGAUAACAAAUAAAUAAGAACAUUCAAUAAAGAUGAACAGAUGCACAGACAAUUUAAUUAUUAACCGAAAUCCUAAAGAGGAUUGGAGAAUACUUCGUCAAAUAGGAAAUGGCACUUAUGGACAAGUUUAUCUGGCUCAAUCCCUUCGUGAUAGAAACGUUAAAUGUGCUAUGAAAGAUAUUCAAAUCGAUCCAAAGGACAAGAUCGAGAUCAUAGAGCAGGAAAUUCAAGUGUUAAGCGAAUGUGAUAACCAAAAUAUAGUAAAGUUUUAUAAAAGUUAUAGACGUAGAGAUAGAUUAUACAUUUGUAUGGAGCUGUGCGAUGGAGGUUGUAUGCAGGACAUCUGUGCAGCUCUUGGAUUUUUGAAAGAAAAUGAGAUAGCUAUUGUCUCGAAAGAAAUGCUAAAUGGUUUGUCUUAUCUGCAUAAAAAAAAAAUAGUGCACCGAGAUAUUAAGGGGGCCAAUGUGUUACUUACGGCUGAAGGAGUGAUAAAACUAAUUGAUUUUGGUGUUGCAUCAGUGCUAAGUGCUUCUAGAUCAAAGUGUAAUACCCUAAUAGGAACUCCUUAUUGGAUGGCUCCGGAAGUUUCCUCCAAUACUCAUAAAAAUAUUGGUUACAAUGAUAAAUGCGAUAUUUGGGCUGUGGGAAUAACAGCAAUAGAAUUUGCAGAUGGAAGACCACCGCUAUUCGAUUUAGAUCCUAUGAAAGCGCUCCAAAUUAUUGGUAAAAGGAACUAUAAAUGUCCUGGCUUGAGGAAUAAAAAUAAUUGGUCUCCGAAGUUUCAGAAUUUCUUAAAAUUGUCUCUAAUACGAAAUCCUGAUAAGAGACCAUCGGCAGAUGAAUUAUUACAAGAUCCAUUCGUAGCUAAUCCUAUUCUAACACGACAAAUUACCCGACUAAUGAUGGCUAGGUAUAGACGACAGGACUCUGAUAAUGAAGACUUUGGAAACGAUGAUUUACUCAUGCACGACCCAUUAGAAAAUUGUACCCGUGAAAAAAAUAAUCACAUUUAUAACAACAGCGUUCAAAAUUCAAGUUCUGCGCUGGGAGAUGAAGCGUCAAACGCACCUCAACCGAGUUUGAUGGAUAGUAUCGUUGAAGCAUUACCACAGUUGGAAGAAAGGCAACGAAAUCAUCAUAAGGAAUUCAAACUUGAAAUGUACGACAAGUCUCCAAGGCAAACGGUAGAUGUUCGUGCAUCCCAAGAUGAGAAUGCUGGUAACGAAAGAGGCUAUUCAGGGGAGUAUGAGAAUACUCGAGUUUUACCUCAUUAUGAGAAUCAUCAAAUACAAGAAGUAGAUAAUUCAAUUGUACAUAGGGCCAGUCGACCAAUAAGACCUCCAAAACCACCUAAAAGACGAGGCUCGUCUCGACGGGUUAUCCUACCAAAUGGUGUACCUCCUACCCCACAUGCCAGGAUGGGAGCUGGUUUAUAUAUGAUAUUUUACGAUUGUCCAUUAAAAAUAAAUAUGGCUGUUUGUUGGGUUCAUCCCAAAACAAAAGAUCAGCAUAUAUUAUUCGGCAGCGAAACUGGGAUAUAUACUUUCAAUUUAGCGGAAAUGCAUAAAGUUGAGUUUAAUUUAGUUCAUCCACGACGUUGUACGUGGUUGAAAGUAAUUGGGGACUAUUUAGUGUCAAUAUCGGGUCGAUCUCAAUGCAUUUGGAGACACGAUUUGUUAGCUUGCCAUUCGAAUGAAAAUAAGAAAUCAGGAUCAUUCUCUGUUGAGAAAUUACCAGAUUUAUUAAAACCAAAACGUUUCUCAUCAAAACAUAAAGAAACAAAGGAUUGCCAUCAAGCGUGCGUUAGUAAAAGCUUAAAGAAUGAUCAUAUAUACUUGUGCGCAGCUGUAAGACGUUGCGUAAUACUUAUGCAAUGGUUUGACGGCGAAGGAAUGAAUAAAUUCGUUAAUAUGAAAAAAUUUGAUAUACAAUUGCCUUGGAAUCUUUCUGUUUUUGAAUUAAUCAAUGAUCCCGAUUCUUCGAAAGAUUAUCCUUUAUUAUGCUUUGGAAUAUCUAAAAGAGAGAAUAAUCGUCUUCAAUUAAGAACUUUAGACUGGAAUUCUGCUUCUAAUUGGUUGCCAGAAGUUGGAUCAGAAAAUGAUUUAACCGUAGUUCGACUGAUUCAAUUGGAUUUAUAUAAUAUACUUGUGGCUUUUGACCAUUUUGUUCAUAUUGUCGAUCUGAAUGGUCAUACAUCAAAAAGAUAUCACGUGUCUUGUGUGACAUUCGACUUUCCUAUUUCUUCCCUGCUUUAUUUGAAAGAUGAGUCGGUACUUGCGUUUCAUGAUCAUGGCAUUCAGGGAAGAAAACUAUCUACUAAUGAGAAAACUCAAGAUGUUAUUGAUGGCAAUAAAAUAUUACGAUUUCUUGGACACGACAAAUUAGUUGUACUAGAAGGAAGACCGACAAAUGAACCGGAAGCAAACUCCUCGUUGUACAUAUUGACUGGGCACGAGAAUAUGAGUGAAAGUAGAAGUUGA